GCCCACCAAGUCAGCGCACUCUUUCUUACCAUCUUGCCUUGCUAGGACAGGACAGGUCAUCCUUCUUGCUCAGUCACCAUGGCUCUCUCAGUCCUCACGUCUGGCUCCUCCCGACAACUUUCCUCCUACAGUGUUGGAGGUGGAGGUGGAGGAUCUGUGAGACUAUCUAGUAUUGGAGGAUAUAGUGGUGGUUCCAGAUUUGCUGGAGGUUAUAGUGGAGGGAGCUAUGGUGGAGGAAGCCUUGCUGGGGGAUACGGCAUGGGCUUGGGUGGCGGCAUGGGCAUGGGUGGUGGCAUGGGCAUGGGUGGUGGCAUGGGCUUGGGUGGCGGCAUGGGUGGUGGCAUGGGUGGUGGCAUGGGUGGUGGCUUUGCCGGUGGCAGCUUUGCCAGUGGCAGCUUUGCCGGUGGCUAUGGUGGUGGCUUUGGGGGGGGAGAUAGCAGUCUCCUUAGUGGUGACGAGAAGCAGACCAUGCAGAAUCUCAAUGACCGCCUUGCUAACUACUUGGGCAAAGUGCAUGCUCUUGAGGAGGCCAAUGCGGAUCUGGAACUCAAAAUCAAGGAAUGGUAUGCAAAGUUCAGCACGCCUGACACCGACCGAGACUACAGCAAAUAUUUUAACAUCAUUGAAGAUCUUCGGAAUAAAAUACUUAGACAGACUACUGAAAAUGCUGGGAUCGUUUUGCAAAUUGACAAUGCUCGACUAGCUGCUGAUGAUUUCAGACUUAAGUUUGAAAAUGAAUUGUUACUACAUCAGAAUGUGGAGAGCGAUAUCAAUGGCCUACGGAGAGUCUUGGAUGAAUUAACCAUGACUAGGUCUGACCUAGAGGUGCAGAUUGAAAGCCUGACUGAGGAGCUUGCCUACCUCAAGAAGAACCACGAGGAGGAACUGAGGAACUUCCGAGGGCUAACUAGUGGAGAAGUCAACGUCGAAAUGGAUGCUGCUCCAGGAGUAGACCUAACUAAACUUCUGAACGACAUGAGAUCCCAGUAUGAAGAACUUGCUGAAAAGAAUCGGAGAGAGGCAGAAGAACAGUUCAACAAACAGGUUGGAGCACUGAGGCAAGAGAUAUCGGCCAAUGUGGAUCAGCUGAGCUCAAGCAAGAGUGAAAUUACUGAUCUGAGGCGUACUGUGCAGGGCCUGGAACUGGAGCUUCAGGCCCAACUUGCCAUGAAACAAUCUCUUGAAGGCACUUUGGCAGAAACAGAACGAAAUUACUGUGAUCAGCUUGGCCAAAUACAAGGUCAGAUCAGCAGCUUAGAAGAACAACUGAUGCAACUCCGGUCUGACAUGGAGACCCAGAAUAUGGAGUACCAGCAUCUUAUGGGCAUCAAGACGCGUCUGGAGAAAGAGAUUGAGACGUACCGCCGCCUACUGGAUGGGGAAGGAAGUGCCUUUGGAUCUGGAGCGUCUUAUGGCUCUACCACCUAUAGCUCUAUGGGUUCGGGAAGUUCUGGCAAAGAAUCAACAAAAACCAGAAUGGUUAAGACAAUUGUAGAAGAAAUGGUGGACGGCAGAAUUGUUUCAUCUCAGGUCAGAUCAGUUGAAGAGAAGCCGACUAAAUAAGCACCAAGAAACUGCAAGAAAUCUUUUCUUUUAACACACGUCCUGGCAGAGAAGCAAAGGCCUGGAAAUCAUUUCUUUUUUUAAAAAAAAACAACAACCAUUUUUUCUAGACAUUCCUCUUUUCUAUCCACUUUUCAUUAAGCAAACCUCUAAAGUGCAUUCUGAAAUUCUGACCUCUUUUAGCUGUAACAGUUCAAUAAACCUUUUUACUAUUUGCAUGACAAA